AUGAAGACGAGGACCCUGUCCGACAACACGACAUCCAUCAAGAUCACAGGGAUCCCUUCGAGCUUCAACACAACUAGGAUCAGCGUGGCAACACAGCACAACCCACACUACGUAGAAAUCCUGCGCCGGUACAAGCACCUCACGCAACCCAUCAAACCAACUGAUGCAGGCGACCAUCAGACCCAACACCAUAUAAAGACCACCGGACAACCAGCUUAUUCACGGCCACGACGACUCCCUCCACACAAAUUAGCAUAUGCCAAGAAAGUGUUUGAGGAGAUGCUGGCUGACAAUAUCAUCCGACCCUCAGGCAGCCCAUAUGCUUCACCACUGCAUCUGUCAAGUCGACCGAGCCCAGCAGCUCACGGGACCCAGCAUCAGCAGCAGCAUUUGUUCAAACAGACCUUUUCAGGGCUAACUUCUGAAAGUCAUUCGAUCACCACUCUUCGAGGCUCCACUCGCUUCACUCUCUGCUACUGCCUUCCCUCUGAGACGCCAGCCCACUCCUGCAGCUUCCAGCACUCCUGCAGCUUCCAGCUCACUCCUGCAGCCUCCAGCUCACUCCUGCAGCCUCCAGCUCACUCCAGCAGCUCCAGCUCGCUCCUGCAGCUUCCAGCUCACUUCAGCAGCAGCUCGCUCCUACAGCUUCCUGCAGCUUCCUUCCAGCAAUCUCCGGCUCACUCCUGUAGUGCUUCACUGACGUCCAGCGACCAGUUCCAGCCUCCGGAUACCGUUCCCGAACAAACGACCUCUGUCGUCUUUCUAUCCACCGUUCGCAAAUAA